AUGAAUUCACCGCUAGCCAGGCCAAGGACUGACGUUCUUCCAUCUCUCUGCAAGCAACCUCGACAACGGAGAACUAUUACUUUUAGGCCAUGCUCGGGUCUGCCCAGAUCUUGUUUGUGCUCCACGAAGGGAUGGACCAAGCCAAUAUUCCUACUUUCUUUCUUGGGAUUGGGAUCUUUGUGGAAAGGCAGGCUGUCACGAUUGAAUGAUAGAGUAGAGUGGGUCGCUUACUUAGUGUACCCGCAGCGGGCCGUGGCCAAUCUCUCCUUUUGGGCAAGCACUGAGAUAGUUAUCCGAUCACCCAAGUAUGGGAAUAGGACCCCAAGCCCUGAAAAAGAAAUUCCAACCUUUCGCCCGGUCGCUAACCUAUCUUUUUGA